AUGGAGCGCAUGAGACAGACAACGAGCCUCAGGGCCGCACUGAGAGGUACCGGCGUGGGCGGGCCCGUUUUCGGGGCCGAGGACCUGCGGUUCUUCCAACACUUCCUGCUGGACGCGACGCCCGGGUUACCUAUCGGCGGCGAAGGAGUCUGGAGAGACGUCGCGAGGAUGGCGCACGAGUACGACUUCCUCCUCCACGCGCUCCUAGGUCUGGGCGCCUCGAGCCUUGCGCUGACCCGGGACGCGCGUCUCGCCCGGCCGGCGCUGAGCCACCGCGUCCGCGCCAUCCGCGCUCUGAACUUGAAGCUCUCAUGUGGCGGGCGGGGACGGUCACUCCGGGGCGCCGACGGGGACGCGGCGUUUGCGGCCAUCAUGGCGCUCACAUUUCAGGCGGGACACAUGACGGAGGGCAUGGUUGACUUUCUGUGGAUGGUCAGGGGCUGCCAUGUCCUCGUUCGAGACGUCCGCAUUCCGUGGGUUGUCGACGCCGAAGCACGUCGAGGGAUGCAAGAGGAUGGCCCUGUCGCGAGGCGGCGCGAAGGGGCUUGCCGACGGCAAGAGGAGCCUAUGGAGAUCUUUGAGGGGUUCGAAGCGAGCCUCAGGAACCUGGCGCCGCUGUGCGGGAGCGUCAUCGAAGUCGAGUAUCUGGCCGGCCUGAAACAGGUUGCGGCCCUCUUCCGUACAGAGUCGGACGACGCCUACUACGCGUUUGCCAUUGUCCAGAACCGCUACGGCGAGAUGAGCCAUGAGGACCUUCUUCUCUUCAGCUCUCCGACGAACCACGCCGCGCGCCUCGUCCUCGCGCACCUCUUCCUGAUGGACUACCUCGUCGCCAUGCUGGGUUACGGCACCUCACGGGGCAGCGGCGCCGUUGAGGUCUGGGGCCGGGUCACACUGGCGUGGCUGGAGAAAAUAGCCACAGGGCUGCCCGCGGAGGUGAGGAAGCACGCGGAGUGGCCUCUAAUGGUCGCGAGGAGGUGUACGUACGGUUCCGUGGCUGGGGUUUUCUAA